GCCUACAUCUUUUUAGUGUCAUCUACUUUUAGACAAAUACAACAUCUGUCUUACUUUGAAACAAAAGCCCAUAGUUCUUUGAAAGCAAACGCUUAUACAGGAAAGGCAAACUGGCUAGCAAGACCCACGAAACUGCGACUAGUAAUAUUGUUCUAAUAAGAUGUCUGUAAACUUACCAAGUCUACUGUUGGCUCUGGUGGUUACAGUUAGUUUUAAGACAGUUACCUGUUUCAGUAAUGGAAAAGUAACAGUUGCUUGCACGAGCAUGGAACCAAGUCAUGGUCAGCAUUCUAGCACAAAACCCAACACAUAUACAAUAACAGCGAACAAGGAUAAAUUUAGUCCUGGGGAUCAAGUCCAAGUAACCCUGUCUGCUUCCAAAUCUGGGACUACAUAUUUCAAGGGUUUUCUUAUUGAAGCUCGGGAUGCUGGAAAUCUUGAUGGUGGUGCACUGGGAUCAUUUACUCUUGUUAAUAGCACUGACUCACAGCUAUUGAAUUGUGGCCCCACACAGGGAUCAGCUGUGAGCCACACAAGUGAUAGCAAAAAGAGACAAAUCCAAGUUAUCUGGAACUCUCCGGAAAGCGUCCCAUCCAGUGUCCAAUUUCUAGUGACGGUGGUUCAGAAGUACCGUGAUUACUGGGUGAAAAUCCUUGGCCCUGUGGUGUCUCAGGCUGGGGUUACUCCAGGACCACCCCACCCCACCCACUCUGCUGCAACAACCACAACACCGGCUGUACUUCCAAGACCAUUCAGCUCUGAGGGCUGUGGCAUCAGGAAGUCCUGCCUGCGGGACCCUGUGGGCUGUGACCCAGAGCUGCAGCCCUUCUGCUUCUUCCUCUCCUUCACCACAGCGGGGCAGAGCACACUGUUUGAGCUCAGUGGGCCAGCUAACGGCUACAUAUCCUUCGCGCUGUCACUGGAUAGAUGGAUGGGGAAUGACGACAUGUACCUGUGUGUGAAAGAUGGUAACAAGGUGGACAUUGAUGCUGCCUUUGUCACAGGCCGAAGCCAUCCAGUGGUGGCAUCAGAGAACUUUCUAACAGACACAGCCUGGAGGCUGUCAGACGGGGUCAUCCAAUGCAGGUUCCGCAGGAACAUUCACAUCCCACAGGACCUCACCAGAUUCAGCCUGAACGAGAGCUACUACCUGUUCAUGGCACAUGGGCGAGCAGAAAAUGGUAUGAUCCACAGACACGGCAGACAGCCUCUGAUAUCUGCCUUUCAGACAGUUAUCACUGGGCCCCCUCAGAAUCUGACUGGGUCACGCUCUCCUUUGCUCAUGAAAUUCCAUGGGGCUUUUAUGCUUAUUGCCUGGAUGUCCACGGUCAACAUUGGUAUUAUUAUUGCGCGCUACUUCAAAGACGAUUGGACUGAUAGAGCCCUCUGCGGGCAGAGGGUUUGGUUUCAGGUACAUCGAGCCUUGAUGGUCCUCACCGUGCUGCUGACCUCUGUGGCAUUCAUUCUACCCUUUAUUUACCGAGGGGGCUGGAGUCAUCGUGCUGGAGCUCACCCUUACCUUGGCUGUACUGUCAUGUUUCUUGCGGUGAUUCAGCCUGUGAUGGCUCUGCUCAGACCCCGACCAGACUCCGCAAGAAGGUACAUAUUCAAUUGGAUGCAUUUUGGUGCUGGUACUAUUGCAGAGAUAAUUGCUGUUGUUGCCAUAUUCCUGGGGAUCCAUCAGCAGGCUCUGGUUCUUCCUGGACCCUGGUCCACGGGCGUCCUGGCAGGAAUGGUUGUGUGGGGCGUGGUAGCAGAGCUGCUUCUGGAGUUUCACAGUAAAGGCUUUUUCAAAUUGGGAAGUGGCAACUCGGAAGAUAAAGAUGAAAUUCUGCCUGAAUCCACAGAAUUAACCAGUUGUGAAGGCGGUGUGUUUAAAAGGGUUGUGUUGGCGGUCUUCCUCAGCGGGAAUGUGGCACUGCUGAGCUGUCUCUUGUACUCCAUCAGCAGCAUCUGAGAACAUCGCCUCACCUGGCCCCAUUUUUAAAUAUCUUCCUAAUGCUGCCAAAUGUAACGCACAAUGCUAAGUCUUCUGAGACAGACUGCACUGAUCGCUGGGCUAGGGGGAGGAUUGAUAGCUGUAAGUCUGGUUUAAGAUGCUUCAAAGCAAUGCAACAUUCUGCAUCUGAAAGUGUGGGUGUGUUUUCUUUAAUGUUGAAAGGGGCUUAACAGGUGUGGAGAAAUGCACUGAGAAUGACUUGAAUAUUGUUGGAUGUGCAUGAGACUUAUGCUUGAACGCUAGUAAUUUGCAUAACGUAUUUACUUAGCUGUCUUGUUAAUUGUGUAAUGCAGGCAGUAUUGUGCCUUUCCUGCAGAUUGACACAAUUUCUUAUUACUGUUCAGCUGAGCUUGCAUGGUGAAACAGGCUAUAUUUUCAAGCAUUUUCACUUAACAUUCAAACUUUAAGCCCAAUAUAACAUUUUAUGUGAUCUGGCUUCUGUAUUUCAUUUUUUUGCAAUCACAAAACAAGCAUUUUAAACAUACUGAUUUUUCUGUUCUUAAAAUUUGAUGUAACAUGUCUAUUUGUUUCUAUAUUUGUUACUCCAACAUUUUACAUAAAUGUCCACGUGUGGAUUAAAUAUUUUUAAAGACUACGUGGUUAAUAUGUUUUAAAAUGGAAGGGCUAAGCCUGUAGAAGUGAUCAGAUGUUAUGUCCCUUGGAAGAAUAAUUAAUUAAAAAUUUAUAUUAAAUAUACACUCAAUUUGUAAAACAUUUCUAAUGGUAAUUUUUAGUAAUUUAACAGAAUUUAUAAAUAUGGUUUACAUUCAAUAAUGUUUAUUUUAACAUCAUUUAUAUUGAUGAUAAUUAUUUGGUACGUAAAUUCAUUAAAGCUUUAGAUUGGCUUAGUUUUUUUCCCCAAGGAAAAAUAUAUUUUUUUCUGCUGUGUACUGUUGGACAGUUCAAAUGCAUUUUAAGGCAGUGUAUAGCAUUUCUUCAAGGAGAAUAUUUUUAUAGCAUGUAACGUCCAACAAAAUAUAAACCUGUCAAGCCUGUUGAUGCAGGUGGGCGGCAUUAAAAGUUUGGCAUUGUUCGGAAGUAUAGAUACGUUGUUGCCUUUUGAUAGAAUGCACAAAGCAAGAGCUGUAAUCAUGUCGAGACAGGCUUUCUGCAGGGCUUUUAAAGGCCUUCUUGCUGCCCACAGUUACAUCAGUAACCUGUCCUCGCAGCACCUUUUAGUUCAUAUUUUUAUUUAUUUAUUUAUUUUUUCAUUUUUAGGUUGUGUAAUUAAGUAAGUAUAUUUUGUUUUUUUGCAUUAGAGCACAGUAGCCUCUUUAUUGCAAUGUGUGUGGGCUGAUUGCUAAUGCACCUGUUUUGAGAUUUGUUCAGAGUGUUUAAAAGCACAAUAAGACGCUUUCGCUGAAGACCAAA